AUGGUGAAUGCCGUUGGCCUCGCGCUGAUUCACUUCUCAAAGGGGAAAGUCGAAUAUGAAACGAUCGAAAUUACCUUGAGGUGUUACACGGUCGACAAGAUCGGACCGAACAUCGAAUCACUGAUGGCAAUGGAAGACAAUAGCUCUCUGCUAAAGACCGGAAGCACUGACGCAUCCUCAUCGUUUUGGGAACGUGCACAGCUGUUUUCAACAAUCCUUACCCACUUGGUGGUUUUCUGUUGUCUCGCCAUGCUUGACGAUUUCUCGACAUGGAACACGCUUCUGAUAACGUGGAUCGGCCUCGGAAUCUAUCCUUUCCAAAUCCGCCGGAUGCUUGUGGAUUGUCAGGAUCUCAAUACGAUAACUGCCUGGGUCUACCCGGGUUUUGUUAUUGGACAAAUCGUUGCCGAAACCAUAGUUUUUAUCCUAUUCAUCGUAGAACUUGGCACCAGAGGUGAAGAAAUAAUCUUCUCAUUCCAAAAGCAGGGUCUCGUUUUGAUCAUCAAUCUUAUCGGCAAGGCUGGAAUUGUGAAUGCGAUCGGUCUUGUAACUAUUCAUUUUUCCAAAGAAGCCGGUGGCUACGAAAAGCUCGAAACGGCCAAGAGCGUCUCUACAAUUUCCGACGCGGAAGCCGGCAAAUCAAAGCCACUGGUUGAGGAGAUUUGCUGUAAAAUUAAAAUG